AUGGAUGUGCUCAAGGAAUACCUCCCCCAAGGGCAAGGCUUUUUGCCUCACUACAUGUUCACACUUUCCGUAAUAGCCGUUGGCAACUCCCUCCAAAACUAUAUAACCCUCCACUUCUCACGACGCUUCUACAACGGUCAAUUCAUUCCCAACCCGUCCUUGCCACCCAAGAUAACGACGGUCAACCCCGAAGACUCCACGAAAAAGCUGAUCCCCGCCACCGCAUCCAACACCCCCAAAGAUGCGGCGACCAUGGACCAGGUCACUCCGCUAGCAGCUCGUCUCUUCGGAACCUACACUCUGAUUUCGGCUAUCGUACGGUUGUACGCCAGCUUCCAUCUUGACAAGGAGCCCGUAUACAUGAUGGCCAUGUGGACGUAUCUAGUUGCGCUAGGGCACUUCGUGAGCGAGGGAGCUGUGUACAAAACGUAUUACCUGGGCGGGCCACAGCUAAUGCCGCUGUUCUUUGCAACGACAGGCGUCGCUUGGAUGAUUAUGCAGAAGGAAUUCUAUGUCGUGGCCUAG